AUGGUUAAUCAAGUACAUUCCCCUGAUAAUAAACAACACAAGAAAAGAGUUAGUAAAGCUUGUGAUUGUUGUCGGAAAUCUAAAACUAAAUGUGAUGGUCAAAGACCUUGUACAAGAUGUUUACAAGAUAAUAAGAUUUGUACAUAUAUGACAAAUAAAAAGAAAAUUGAUAAGACUUAUAGUUCAACUUAUGUUGAUUUAUUAGAAACUAGAGUUUCAAUUUUAAUUCAAUCAAUGACUCAAUUAUUACAAAAGGCUAAAUCUCCAAUGGAAAUUUCUCAAUUUAUUAAUAAUUCAAAUCUUUAUAAUGAUGAUGAUGAAAUUGAUAUGAAUAAAGUUAUUUGUUCAUUAUUAUCAACUGAAAAACUUAAAAACCUUUCACAAUCAAAUCAUGAUUAUACAAUUGAUGAAAUUACAAAUGUUCAACCUCAAAUUUCAACUCAAAGUAAUGAUAAUUCUGAUUCUUCAAAUUCAAAUACACCAAUAACACAAAAUAUUCCAAUUUCUAAAAAACAUCAUCAUUCAGUUCAAAAAGAUCAAGAAAUUUCUCAUAUUCAUAAACCUCAUCGUCAGAAUUCUCAUACCCAUUCACACUCAUAUUCACAUUCACAUUCAACUACAAGACAUCAUUAUAAAUCACCAACAUCUUCAUCAUUUGAUUUAUCAAACCAAUCAAAUAUAAACUCAUUAUUAUAUAAUGAUACAACACCAUCAAUAAGUCUAAACACAGAUUUAACAAAUUCAGAUGAUAAUCAUUCAAUAACUUCAUCAAUAAUGUCACCAAAUUAUUCAAUAAAUGAAAAUUUUGAUCCUUUAUCAAAUUUACAAAUUCAAGAUUCUCAACCAGCUUCAAUAUUUGAAAAUGGAACAACAAGUACAAAUUUUAAUUUAAAUGAAAAAUUAAUUGAUGGACCUGUUUUAGAUAAUAAUUAUGGGUUUAAUUGGGAUCAAUUUGAAUUGAAUAAUAAAGUUAAAGAUGAAUUUCAAUUGAUUCCAGAGUUUAAUAGUGUUACUUUUUAA